CAUAGCAACGUGCGUUCCCGGGAGAGGGGAAGGGUAGGAGGAACGGGGGGAAUGGCGCCGAGGAAUGGCCGUGGCCCAGGCAGGGGUCGGAAACGCUGUGUGCUCACCUUCAGCGAGGAGGACAGGAGGGAGUUUCUAACUGGCUUUCAUAAGCGAAAGGUGGAGAGAAAGAAAAAGGCCUUGGAAGAAAUUAAAAAGAAACUGAAGGAGGAACACAAACGUGUGAAGGAGGAGAGGCGUAAAGAAUAUUUGAAGAUGUACAAAGAAAGACAAGAAGCUUUGGAGGAAGCUGAUGAGUUAGAUCAACUGGCAACCUCCAAGAAAGAGUCUAUUCAAUAUGACCAUCCAAAUCACACGGUCACCGUGACAACGAUCAGCAAUAUUGAUUUGGCUGGCAGGAAUUUAUUCCCCCAUCGUGCCAAUCAGGAGUCGGAAGAAAAUGAGGAAGAGCAGGCACAGGAGAAUGAUGUGGAAGAGGAAAUGCUUGUGAAAACCAACAACCCAUUACCGAAGAAACGAGAUGAGCCCAUAUUAUCUGCAAAGAUUUCUUCGCUGACGUCUGCACUACACACAGCAAGUAGAAAUAAGAAAGGAAAGAAGAGGAAACAUUCUCGUGAUAAGGUCCAGCCCCCCAUCAAAGGCAAAACCACAAAAUCACAAAGGAGAAAACGGACGGGAAAACUAGGGGGUGAGAUGUGAGUCUCAUGAACCCUUUCUCUUGGACCUCUCUGCUCCAAAUCACACAAGAAGUGAUAUCAGUGCUUGAACUGAAUAAUCAAAAUCUCAAGGCCUCUUUGUAACUGGAGGCAGUUUGGCCAGAAGAUUGUUUGCUACACUUGGAAGAUGCCAGAUCAAUCCUUGUAAGGGCCCUGUGUUUGAAUUUUGUUUUUAAGAUAAUAUUUCUCCUCCUGAUAAAUAUGAAUAAGAGAGUAUUUAUUUUAGAACGAAUGUUUCUUAUUCAGGUCCUUGGCAUCCAAUAUGCAUUGUUCUUCAUCUACCAAGUUCCUCAAUCCACAACAUGGCUGUCACCUGUGAUAUAUGUGAAACCUGCUAAUGUGGUCCAUGUAACCUUACAGGAGUUUGGGCAUCUCUUUGCCAACUACUUAAAAUCUACAAUGAGAUAAAGGCUAUUCAGUCCAGCCUGCUCUGCUUGGAGUUACAGGUAUUCUGAGGUGGACUUUUAUCUUCAUUUGGCCUCUGCUACCUGUCCUGAAAGGCACACAGAAGUUCCACGAGGUACACUUGGAAUA